CAGGGAAAAAGUUUUUGCGGUCCCAGCGGGAUGUGAGGAAAGUUUUCUCGUUGUUGGAGCCGAGCGGGAGCUGUGGCCGCGGACUAUCCGGGCGGGAUCUACCGGGACUAAAGAGCCCUCCCCCCCUCCACGGACCGACUAGGACGCGGCUGUUCACGCUGACAUGCACGGGAGCCGCGUACUGUGAUCGCCGCCGCACCGGGAGCCCCCCCUCCCUCCACCCCCCAAUUCUUACCCCCUCCCCCCCCCUUUACCCCCAAAAUAAUUCUAACCAUGGAUACCGGAGCCCCCCAGCAGAACGCCUCGUCCGCCCCCCAGCCCCCUCCGGUCGGACACCAGAUCAUUCACGUACGGGGGGACUCGGAGACCGAUCUGGAGGCGCUGUUUAAUGCGGUGAUGAACCCCAAAACCGCAAACGUACCGCAAACCCUGCCCAUGAGGAUGAGGAAGCUGCCCGACUCCUUCUUCAAGCAACCGGAGCCCAAGUCCCACUCCCGGCAGGCCAGCACGGACGGUGGAUCUGCAGGGGCGUUAACUCCUCAGCAUGUUCGCGCUCACUCCUCUCCGGCCUCUCUGCAGCUUGGCGCCGUCUCCCCGGGUGCGCUCUCUCCUCAAGGAGUUGUCUCUGCCCCAGGACCUGCCCCCCCAAAUCAGCAUCUUCGGCAGUCGUCGUUCGAAAUUCCGGAUGAAGUCCCCCUGCCGCCGGGAUGGGAGAUGGCCAAAACUCCGUCGGGACAAAGAUACUUUUUGAACCAUAUUGAACAAACGACCACAUGGCAGGAUCCAAGGAAGGCUAUGCUCUCCCAGAUGAAUGUUACCGCUCCUCCUCCUCCUCCCAGUCCUGUUGUGCAACCCAACCUCAUGAACCCAACAGGUCCACUUCCGGACGGGUGGGAGCAAAGCCUUACUCCUGAAGGAGAAAUCUACUACAUAAAUCAUAAUAACAAGUCCACAUCAUGGCUAGACCCACGUUUCGCCAUGAAUCAACAGAGACUAAGUCAGAGUGUCCCAGUGAAGCCCCCUCCACCGCUAGCCCCUCAGAGCCCCCAGAGCAGUGUCAUGGGAGGGGGAGGCAAUCAACAGCAGCUAAGACUCCAACAGCUUCAGAUGGAGAAAGAACGUCUACGACUCAAGCACCAAGAACUGCUUCGGCAGGUGAGGCCACAGGAACUAGCUCUUCGUAGUCAAAUACCACCCAUGGAGCAAGAUGGUGGAUCUCAAAAUCCAGUAUGUUCUUCUGGAAUCACUCAAGAGCUCAGAACAAUGACCAUGAACAGCUCCGAUCCUUUCCUCAACAGCGGCACAUAUCACUCCAGAGAUGAGAGCACGGACAGUGGAUUGAGCAUGAGUAGUUACAGUGUUCCCCGCACGCCUGAUGACUUCCUUAACAGUGUUGAUGAAAUGGACACAGGUGAUGCAAUCAACCAAAGCAGUAUGCCCUCCCAACAGAACAGAUUCCCCGACUAUUUGGAAGCACUUCCAGGAACUAAUGUGGACCUUGGUACGCUGGAGGGGGAAGCCAUGAACGUAGAGGGAGAGGAACUAAUGCCAAGUCUACAAGAAGCUUUGAGUUCUGACAUCCUUAAUGACAUGGAGUCUGUUCUGGCAGGCACCAAACUGGAUAAAGAGAGCUUCCUCACAUGGUUAUAGAGGCCUCUAGAAAACUGCUUCCAAAAUCUCCAAAGGAUUUUGUCAAUCAAGAGUGCCUGUAACUUGUACGAGCCCAAGUCAAGCCAUGUAGCAGACUAUCAUGUUGUGCUCCAGACAAAUGAACUUUCAAAGACUUCUACAAUUGUGUGUUUUAUUUUAUUUUUCUCGUUCUAGUAUUUUCUUCUCACCCGUUGCUGCUUUUAUUACAAACACUAUUUUUCUCCCACCAUUUAAGAGCCUGAGAUAUCAACAUUUUUGAACUUCC